CGCCGACUUUGUCCAUUUCAAUCCUCUUGACCUCACGCAGAUAAUAUAAUCAUACCCCCACUACCCAUCAUGGCGGUCGAGCGAAUCGGAUCCAUCAUCAAGCACCUGGCCCCCGGGUCAUCGCUGAGCAACAUCCAGUCCAAGAACCCCGACGACAUCGUCAUCACAUAUGCCGCUCGGACGCCGCUGACCAAGGCCGGCAAGGGCGGCUUCAAGGACACGAGCCUGGAGUACAUGGUCUAUGCGCUGCUGGAGAAGGUCCGCGAGAGGAGCGGUCUUGACCCUGCUCUCGUCGAGGACAUUUGCCUCGGCAACGUCACCGAUGCCCAGGCCGCCUACAAGAUCCGCACCGCCGCCCUGGCUGCCGGCUUCCCCAACACCGCCGGCGCCAACUCCGUCAACCGCUUCUGCUCGUCCGGCCUCAAGGCGAUUGCGGACAUUGCGCACUCAAUCUCCAACGACUCCAUCUCGAUCGGCAUUGCCGUGGGCGCCGAGAGCAUGACAAACGGCCGCCCCACCGAGGAGCUUGACGAGGCCGUUCUGAAGAAGAGCCAGGAGGCCCACGACGCCGUGCAGCCCAUGGGCUGGACCAGCGAGAACGUCAGCAAGGACUUUGGCAUCGACCGGGCCACCAUGGACAAGUACGCCGCCGAGAGCUUCCAGCGAGCCGAGAGGGCGCAAAAGGCCGGCCUCUUUGACGACGAGAUCGUGCCCAUCACCACGCAGGUCAAGGACAAGGACGGCCAAGUCCAGGAGGUGACGCUGACCAAGGACGACGGCAUCCGCCCCGGCACCACGGCCGAGGGCCUGGGCAAGAUCCGGGCCGCCUUCCCGCAAUGGGGACCGACCACGACGGGCGGCAACGCCUCGCAGGUGACGGAUGGCGCCGCGGCCGUGGUGCUGAUGAAGCGGUCGACGGCCAUCAAGCUGGGGCUGCCCAUCAUGGCCAAGUACGUCGGCUCGACGGUGGCCGGCGUGGCCCCGCGCAUCAUGGGCAUUGGCCCCAGCGUCGCCAUCCCCAAGCUGCUGUCCAUCUACAACAUCAGCCUCAACGACAUUGACGUGGUCGAGGUCAACGAGGCCUUUGCCUCCAUGGCCGUGUACUGCCGCGACAAGCUGGGCCUGGACUGGGCCAAGAUGAACCCCAAGGGAGGCGCCAUUGCGCUGGGCCACCCGCUGGGAGCGACGGGCGCCCGGCAGGUGGUGACGGGCCUGAGCGAGCUGCGGAGGACCAAGAAGAAGAUGCUGCUGACGAGCAUGUGCAUUGGCACCGGCCAGGGCAUGGCUGGUCUGUUUGUCAACGAGCAGGUGUAAGGGGGGAUGGGAGAGUGUACUUUCAUGUUGUCAUGUAUACUACCUAGGUCACUCGAUGUUUUUACGGCUGU